AUGCAGCAGACCUUCUGCCGGACAUUCAAUUGCCGGGAGAGGCCGGCGGUGCACGCGCGGCAGGCGCUCCGCGCCCGGCCGGGGCGGCGCCACGCGCGCGGCGCCCCGCAGGUGGUAGCUGUGCGUGUGGAGAAUGAGGAGGUGUCCCUGGGCACCGUGGCUCCAGACUUCGUGCUGCUGGAGCCGCUGACGGGCGUGACGGUCAAGCUGUCUGCAUACGCGGCGGGGGCGCCAGCCACGCUGAUCAUGUUCAUCUGCAAUCAUUGCCCAUUUGUGGUGCACCUCAAGCCCGCCAUCACGCAGCUGGCCCGGGAGUACCAGGGCAAGGGUGUCAAGGUGCUGGCCAUCAGCUCCAACAGCGUGGAGACGCACCCGCAGGACGGGCCAGACAGCAUGGCUGAGGAUGCGCGGGCGCAGGGGUACACCUUCCCGUACCUGUUUGACGAGAGCCAGGAUGUGGCAAAGGCCUACAGCGCCGCCUGCACCCCCGAGUUCUACGUUUUCGAUGGCGAGCUGAAGCUGACGUACCAUGGCCAGUUCGAUGACAGCCGGCCCAGCAAGUACGGCGGCGACGCGCCGGUGACUGGUGCGGAUCUGAGGCAUGCGUUGGACUGCACGCUGGCGGGCCGGCCGCUGGAGCGGCGCGUGAAGAACAGUAUCGGGUGCAACAUCAAGUGGCACCCUGGCAAGGCCCCGGCCUGGUUCCACGGCUGA